CUGACAAUAAAAAAUUAUUAUCAUAUCAAUUCUGGGCUUUACCCUCCAGAUUUUCUUCAAUCAAAAUCUGAUCCAUUUUCUCAAACAGCUUCAACUUCAGAUUGUCUUUAUCGAUUCAAAGAAUCUGCUCAAUUUAUUGGUUUUUUAGAUUUAGAAGAUAUUUUGAUUCCAUUUGGACAUUCGAAUUAUUAUUCUGAAUUUUCAUUUGAAAUUGGUGGAGAAUGGCUUCACAAUUAUUUGGUCUAUCAAAAAUUAUAUAAUCCAAAAAACGUUUCAAUUACAAAAAGUGAUAGUGCUGCAUUUUUCGCUCGACCCGAUCAUUUCAAUAUCACAAAAAGUGAUUGGAAUUCUGCCAAUGAAUAUAUUUCUCAAUGUCAUUUUGAACAAUCAGCAGAAAGUCCAAAAGAAGUGAAAAUCAAUGAAAUCAUCCGGCAAUUUACACAACUUCAAAAAAUCAAAUCAAACUGA